AUGGCGAAACGAAAUCGUUUUGAGCAAGUUUUAAGGGAUGAGGUUACGACGGUGGCAAGUUUGCCGAUUAAAUCGGCCACGGAGUUUUCCGGCGAAAGAUACGAGAACGUGUGAUGGUCCCUCUCGUUAGCAAUUCCACUAAAUCGCUAAUCGUUCCAGGACUUUGUCCCGCGCCUCCUCCACCGCCGCCGCCACCUCCAGUGCCUGGUCAAGUACCAGCUAUGAGGAUCAACACCGUCGAGGUAAGCAGAAGAUCGUCUCAGUUCAAGUUCGCCGCUCGUUGCGAGCGAAUCUCUUUAACACUUUCACGACGGGCGUUGCAUAUACGUGUGUAGAUACUUGAUCUUGGUUGUCAAAAAUAUUAACGUAAAUGAUUGAAUGUAAAUAUUUAUUGACACUGGAACAAACUGUAUCAAAAUAUUCUACGUAUAAAUCACUAUAAUUUAAAUGAUGAUUAAAAUAAAUAGAUCUAUGCAAUCGUGCCUCAAUCUGUCCAGGCAGAAGUUAAUAUCAAAUUUGGCAAGAAACGAAAGUCUGAAAUCAAUAACAGAAAUUAUAACACAUAUUAUUUGUAUAACAAGUAUAUGAAAAUAAUAUUCCUUACAUGUGACUGUUAUUUCAAUAUUUACCCGGAAAGUGUUAACGUAGGAAUUUCAACGAAAACGAAGGAAGGAACAAGACAGAAAGAAAUAUUCUCUCAAGAACUUGUAUUAUUAUUAUAGAAAUUAGAGUCUAUAAAACGGACGAAGAUCUAUAA